GGGGGGGGCAUGCGAAUGCCGAGGGCUUCACUAACUUGCAGCAGGUGGCACUAUUCAAGCUGUUUACUGAAGCGCCUUCCUCCAACAAAGGAUGGAAAGACCGAUGGUGCUAUGUGAAGCUGCCCGAGAGCCCGUUCACGGGGGAGUUGCGCGACCAGUUCAGGCGUCAUGAAAAGAGGAGGAGCGCCGCCCUCAAGAAAGAUGGCAGGAUCCUGGCUAAGAUCCCGGAGGGUCGGAACAAGAACAUCACUAUCAAGGAGUGCACCCAGGAGGGAGAUCUGUACGCCCUCGGGUUUCGCCGGUACCGUUUCCUGGGGGAAACAGAUGAAAAGUACCCGAUGUUCGACAGAGCCUUCGGGGUUUAGGAGGUAGGGGCCGAGGGCAUCCAACCUUUAGACUUAUGAAUAUUUUUGUUAGGCGUAGAUAUAUUUUUUUUGUUGCACCUUUUCUCCUCCGGUCUUAACCGCCCUCAUUCUUUUGCAGGUAUCAACAUGGAUCUCAACGCCUUCGCUGCCCUCAAGAAGCAGAAAGCUAAAGUCCCGGGCCAGAAGGAGCCCAGUAAGCAGAAGCCCCUCGGGGAGUUCUCGAAGAAGGGCAGUGAGCCUUCGGAAGAGGCCGCCAAGAGGAAGGCCGCCGACAAAGCCCCAAUCCCCGAGGGGAAGAGGCAAAAGAAGGGGGACGCUGGGCAGAAGGCUCCCCCAGUGGUGGUUGUGGAUGAGCACUCCACCUCCGAGCCCUGUGCCCAAAUGAUGACGACUGCUUCCCAUUUGCCCUCGGGUCAGGGGGGUGAGGUAAGCUUGCCCCGGGAGGACAUAAGGUUUUCCCUGCCGAAGGGGGCUGCCAUCACACAUGGCACCGUAGACCCUCGGGAGUUCCUGGGCGGAGCUACCCCUGCAUUGGACAGGAAGGCCCUCGGGAAGCUCGAUGAUGAAGCUCUCGAGUCAAAAAUCCUCCGGUCCUCCCUUACUGCCUGCAUAGCCCUCGGCGAGCAUGCCAGAAGAUUCAACGAGUGGCGUCUCCAGAAGGCGCAACAGGAUGAGUCAAUGAGAAAACUCAUCCAUGACAAUGUCGAGGCCAUGAGGCAAAUGGCUCAGCUGGAAGGGGACCUCCAGCAGGCGAGGGCUGCAGCGGAGAAGGCAGCCAAGGAGAAAGCUGAGGUGGAGAAGGCUGCUACUGAGGCCGUAAGGAAAGCUUCUGAGGACGCAGAGGCCGCCAAAGCAGAGGCCGCCGCCGGUGCUGUUGCUGCCUUCAUGGACGAGGGGUGGAAGGUAGAGGGCCACAAAGAUUGGGUGGCCUCCGUCGUGGAGGGAUCCGCCGAUGGGUGGGUGAAGGGCCCGGGGGCGAUGUGGCUAGCCGAAGGCACUCCAGGAGUGGACUUAGCCAUUUGUUGAUGAUGUUUGUUGAAUAGUAUCUUCGGUAAUUAUGAUCUUCCAGGUACCGAAGGUGUUCCCGCGGGGAGCCCUCGGAAUGUUCCCGUGAAAUUGUCGGAGUGGUGUACUCAUUGAUUUCUCGCUGAGUCUACUCCCCUUCACCACCUUUUUUUUUUGGAUAAAAUGUAAAUGUAUAUAUAUCUAGAAAAAUAACAUAGUACAAUGCAUCAUGCG